GGGGAGUUGGGGUUUUAUUUGUCUCCCUGUUUUGUUUUUUUUUUAAGGAAACAUUAACUUGAACACACGUAUGAAUUGAAUGUCAUGAGGCUGCCAGGAGAAAAACUCCCAGAAAAUGAAAAUUUUACUCCUGGGCUGCUAAACCUGUGCAGGUGGCAAAGCCUCAGCUGUUCUCUAAAAGCUCCUUGCCCUGUGCCAGAAAGCCUCACUCCUUUUGCCAUUCACUUUGGAGAAUGAAUAAAUUUAGGCAAAUCAGGAGCAGGACAAAUCUGGAGAAAUUACAAAGGGGAGGAGUUCACCUUCCUGCUAUGGCUUUCAGGUCUGUCCUGGACUACUUACUCCAGUAUAAAACUGAGAGCAGAAAUAUGAUCACAUCCCGAGGAGUCUAAUCAAUUCUGGUUUCAACACUGAGCCUAUUUAAAAUAGAGAAUGGAAUUGCUGCUCCUUGCUCUGUUCUGCCUGCACAUUCUCAAGACAGAGGCAGUAGUGGGCCACUGGUGCUAUCGGUCCCAGAAGUGUGAGCAGCCACAGUGCAAAGAUCCUCUCCAGUGGCAUCAGAUAAACGCGGUGUGCAAAGGGAACAGACAGUCCCCUGUCAACAUCGUCACCCGAAAUGUGGUUCAUGACAAGAGGCUCAAGCCCCUGACUUUUGAAGGGUAUGAUGUGAAGGGCUCUGCCAAGUGGAACGUGGUAAACAAUGGCCACACAGUUAAAGUGACACUAGAUGCAUCCCCUAAAGUCGCAGGAGGAGGCCUGGGGAGAAAAUACAAGGCAAUAGAAUUCCAUUUGCACUGGGGAGUCCCAGAUGAGCCACAAAGCAUCCCUGGCUCAGAGCACAGCAUAGAUGGAGAGAAAUACCCCAUGGAGCUUCACGUCGUCCACAUAAGAGACGAUGUUCCAGAUGUGACAGAAGCCAAGAAAACUACAGAUGGAAUUGCUGUGUUGGCCUUCUUUGUAAAGGCUGACAAAGAAAAUAAAAACUACGCAACUCUAUUGAAUGAAUUAGAGAAUAUUAAAUACAAAGGGCAAGAAGCAAAGGUGGAUCCUUUGCCACUGAGUUCUCUUCUCCCACCUGAGGAAGACCUUGGGAGGUACUAUCGCUACGAAGGGUCCCUCACCAGCCCUGACUGCUACGAGGGCGUCACCUGGACGAUAUUUGAGAAGCCAGUUGAGCUCAGCCUGUCCCAGCUUUCCCAGUUCACAGUGCUGCACUUUGAUGGGAAGAACUCCACUCCCAUGAUGGAGAAUUUCCGGCCAGUGCAGCCCCUGAACGAGCGCAAGGUGCUCUGGUCGGGCGCCAGCAUCGCCCUGCCCACGGCAAAGCUGCUGCUGCUGCCCCUGGCUCUGACCUGCACCCUCAGCUCUCUGUCCCCCUGAGCCUCCCCCACCCUAUUCAACAUCCUGACCCCUUAUUUCUUGUUACUUCUGCUGUUCUUUGUCUCAGCCUCUCAUGAAUUGCGUCCCAAUGCAGAAUAGCCUUGUCCUCCUCCAGACAUUAACCAAGGACUUGUGCUGCUCUGGUGAAGCCCAAACCACCAGAACCCAAAGGAACUGGGAGAUAAAGUGAUGGAAAUUAAAUUUUAAAAGCCAAUGCACUUAGAGAAAGCGUUAGUCUGGAUUAUCUUGUAGCUUUAAGCCAGCACUGGAAGGAGCUACACAGUGAACCUUGGAGAGGAAUCUGUUCUUAAGUGCCUGUGAAGGGGCUGUUUUGGAGCAUGUUUACAUUCAACACUGCAAACCUGGCAGUGAAGUUGGAGUAAUUCCUACAAUCCCACACUGUCCUACCCAAAGGUACAACACAGAGCAAAGAUAAAAUGCUCACACACAACCCAGCAGCAUCUGGCUCAUCUCCUCCAGGGAAGGGCACUCACCCAACACAUAAAUCCUCCUCCUUCCUUCAGAAUAUCUCAGUUAAUUUCAGAUAAGAACACUGGACUCCUUCCAGCCCAUCUCCUGCUGGGGGCUAGCAGGUUCCUCUGUUAUUUAUUCAUCCUUCUCUGGGAUGCCAUGGUCAUUGUGAUGUGCUGGGAAGCAACAGGGAGCCUCAUCCCCACAGACCAGAGGCACAUCUGUGGAAAUUCCCUCUCUUUGGAGGGCUGCUUUUGAAGCAGGAGACUCUGAUGAUCCUUUGUAGUUAUUAUUUGCCUAAUAAAAUAGGACAGCUCAAGAAAUGGCGCUUUCUUAUAUAUAAAUAUAUAUAUAUAUAUAUAUAUUCCUUUUAUAUAAAUAAAUUUUUUAUAGUAGCGUACCUGCAAUAUUCACAUACAGGCAAGAUUCAUAGUUUUUUCCAAGAAGAUUGUGGUUUGAACCUUCAGAUCUCACCCAAUUACUUAUAAAAAACACCUUGGGAAAUGGGGUUUCCUUAUAUUAUUGCAGUUCUCUUUCUGAAGAGGGACAUAACAUUUCUCUUUGGCUAAUGCCGUGUCACACGUUACAGCUUCUUUUAGGAUCUGAGAUUUUGGCCACACCAAAAUAGGAUUUCAUAUUAGCAGAUUUGUAUUUUUUUCCUUUUAAGGGCAAUGUUUGCAGAGACGACUUUAUAUAUUUUCAGGAAAAUCCUGGUGGUGAGAGCAACCACAGCUCACCAAAGGAGAGGUGAAAUUAUUUUCAUAUUAAUCAAUCCGUAAAGCUUUAUAAAAACCCCCACAUGGGAAAACAAAUAAACCUAUUUAAGUUUAAAGGAAAGAUUAAUACUUUAACUGUAUUUUUAUGUAACUGAAAAUCUUUGGAGGAGCAAACAGAAAUGAAAUAUUAAAGGUGAACAACAGACCUA